AUCGCCGACGCCCCCGUCGCGACCACACCGCGCGAAACCACGCACCACGCGUCGAGCGACCUUCACCUCCCCUCCUAAGGCUAAAACGCCCCCUUUCGCCGUCAAACAAUGUAUUUCUAGUCCAAUUGCUACAUUGCGACGCGACUCUCCUCUCGAACCGGCCACCUCUUUCGCCUGCGAACCGCCUGAUCGCGUCAACCAUGGACGAGCCAGCACGAAAGCGACGGAGGACUGCUUCGCCCGAGGAGCCCGACAGACCUCCUAGUCCGUGGAAAAAUCUCCCGCGCCGACCGCUCUUAGCAGACUCCACCGCUGCCGGCGCAGAGCCAUCGCGAAGCCCAUUGAAAGAACCUCCCAGACGACCGUCCGCAUCGCCCACCAAGGCCACUUUCGACCGCGGCUCGAGCCCUCUCAAACAACCUCCGAGGCGGCCGUCGUUUGUAUCGCCAACCAAAGCUAGUCUCGCGCGCAACUACCCUGAUCUGCUUCCAAAGCGCCCUCCCUCUUCUGCCUCGGCAGCCUCAAAACAAAACGGUCGCGGGGACAUACUCGCUCGAAGAAAACAAGCGCGCGCUUUUGUGCUCGGAGAAAAGGAUGCGCGGCAGCAAGCAAUUUUGGACACCGCUGCUGAAGAGGAGCAUGCGGACCACGCGUCUGCUGGUGCGGAACAAUUGCGCCUGUCGAAGCCGCAGAACGUCACCCCUCGUGCCCGCAGAACGAUCCGCAUGGGAGAUGUAUCUGAAGAGGAUGCAGAGCUGCCCUCAACACCUUCCCAAAGGACGCAAGAGGAACAAGACACGCCCCGGAGAGGUAUAUUGUUCUCUUCGCCCAGCAAGAAGCCACCGAGGUUGCAGGAUCCGGUCAAACCAUCACCACUACGACCGAAAGCGCAGCCCGUGCGAGAAAAUCGUUCAGCCCCACCUGAGGAUGGACCCGUCGGGGAGGGCGACCCCCGAGGCGCAGCAAAAGAGAAAUUGCCUCCUGAUCCUGAAUUAGAGAGGAGAAAGCAAGAGAAAGCACAUCUUAUGCGCGAGCUCAAGGAAUUAGAAGGUCAAGUCUCUCGUUGCACAGAAGAGAUUGUCAAGAUUCAGGAGCAGUCUGCUACGCAUAUCCUUCAGCCGUCGGAAAGAGAGGAUCUAAUAGCCUUCAUCAACAAGAUUAGUAAUGCAAGCACAGAGGCAGAUGAACAACAACCCCCGGCUAUAUCCAGCUUGUUGUGCUCCUUUCUCCCCUUCUCCACCCUAGCCGUUCCUCCUCCGAAGUCAAAGGAGGCAGCAGAGAAGCCUGUAGCAUCGCACCGACCUCUGGACCUGGACGAUCCACUGCCAUAUCUGGAGAUGUUUACAUGCUUCAAAUGGACCACGCAGCUCAGCCUUCCGCGCGGCAGGGUCUUUCCAGCCUCAAACCGCGUUCAUUCGAAGCACACUAUCGAUAUCGCAGGACCACAGAAGCUCCUCACAUCAUCCAUCUCCAUCGUUAUUGACGCUCUGACUAAUUCCAUCAUCGAUCUCAAGAUUCUGCGUUUAUCUUCCUGGGCCGAACGGGAACUCGGCAGCUUUAUGCGUGCCAAAGCUCAAGAGCAGGACCUUGGAAACGCAUGCUGGGCAAUUGGCUCGUACUGGGAGAUUGCAAGAAAGCGAGCGGAGUUCUGGCGCAAGUGUGUGACUGCGUUCGGCGAUUUGAUCUCCGGGCGGACAGGAGAGGAUACCGAGAAUGUAGGACUGCGGGAGACAAAAAAGGAUAUUUCUCGGAGGGAUCUCAAUCGCCAUCUCGGACGCGAUAUACUGGUGCUGCAGGAUGGUCAUGUUUUGCUUAAGGUCAGCUGGAAGAUUGGAUUCGACUGGACCGGGGAGGCGGAGUCGGAGAUUCGCGUUGAGCCGGCGGUGCCACAAGUGUGGAGUGAGGCAGACAGCAACAACAGCUUCAGGAAGAUACCUCAGACGUUCGACUCUCUAUUACAGAGCAAGGGGGCUUUCGCUGCUACGAAAACGUUGGUCGCGCUGCUCUUUGCUGAGUAGCUGAGGUCUCCAACGUCGUGGGAUUGUAAAUGAGGAUGCACGGCUUCUUGUCUACGUGUUUGUUUUUUGAGAUACCAAUGACUAAUUCUAUUUUUCGCGGUCUCUUUCCUGGAUAUAACGUCCAAGGCGAUGCAUGCACUUGUUCCUCUG